AUGUCCCACACUGCGUUUUUGGUGGACAUCGACGAGGCAGACGUCGCUGUUCUUGACGAAAACCUCUCCAAGUCUGACGAGCUCAUAUUGCAAAUCAGCAAGUCGUUGAACAAAGUGUCCCAGCUCUCACUAAGCUCUUUGAACUUGAUCAAUCCCAUCAUCGACGUCUCCAACAACCUCACCACCUACAAGAAGAACGUUGAGGACUCCAUCAAUAUCACCAAGAAGAUCAAGAACUUUGCGAAAAUCAUCUCCAACUACGAGGUGGUCAUCAACAACGACCUCUUGAUCUUGCAGAACAGCACCAACAACGACCCCAGCAGUAAGAAUGAAUAUAACAAGCACGAAUUCAACAACUACUUGAAAGUGUUGAAGAACUGCAACAACUUGCUAGUGGAAAUCAAUCGAAACAGAUUGGAAAACUUUACAGGAAUCGUCAACAAUCUAAACAGCUUGAUCGUAAAGGGGAACAGCAACUUGAUUGAAAUAUUUAAAAACAACGUCAAGAGCCUACCAAAUCUACCCAAAUUUAGUGAAUAUAAAUUGAUUGAACAGGAUUCCAAUGCCAAUGCUAAUACCAAUUCCAAUUCCAAUUCCAAUACCGAUGAAAACGAUCUAGUCAACAACUUACUAGCGAAAAUUAAUAAUAAUAAUUGCAAUAUCAAUAUCGAUAUCAUUCAAUACUUUUUAAAAUUUUCAAAUUCUUCAAUUGAUAAAAUUAAUGAAAUUUAUAUCUCAAAUAGAUCAAAUGUUAUUUUAAAUGGUUUGGCAAAUGACGAAGAUAUCCUUAUCAACGACUCCAAAAAAAAUGAUUUAUACCAAAAGAAUUCUAAUUUAAUAACCUGUUUUACAAGGUAUAUAAACUUGAAUCUAACGUAUGAAAAUUGUUUAAUAAUCAAAAAUUUCCCAAAUUUUAAUGACAACACUGAUAAUAAUAAUAAUAAUAAUAAUAAUAAUAACAAAAGUGAAAAGAAUAAUAAUAACAAUAAAAGUGAAAAUAAUAAUAAUAAUAAUAAUAAUAAUAAUAAUAAUAAUAAUAAUAAUAAUAAUAAUAAUAAUAAUAAUAAUAAUAAAAGUGAAAAUAAUAACAAUAACAAUAACAAUAAUGAUAAUGAUAAAAAUGGAAAAAUUGAAUUUAAACUAAAUUUGAUCAAAAUAUUCAAGGUCAAAAUAUUUCCCAAGUAUUCUUACUACUUGAUCGAAUUGACAAAUUUUAUUAAAAAAAACUUUUCAAACUAUUCUUUACUAUUAUUUGAAUUAAUUAACUGUAAAAUCGAAUUUUUAAAAAAAAUUGAUCAAGAUAUCAAACUAAUUGAAAUCAUUAAAAAAAACGGUGACAACAAUGAAGAUGAAGAUAUAAUUAUACUCAUCUUGAAGGAUUUCGAAAUUGUCAAAUCAUUAGCUCAAAAUUUGUUCAAAGAUUUCUUAAAACUAAUCGAUAACAAAAUCGUCAACUCAAUGAAUAAUUUACCAAAGGAUUAUGGUGUAAGUGAAAUCACUGUUGAAAUCAUGUCCAAAUUAAGAAAAUUUAGUGAAUUUAGAGAAUCUUGCCUAAAUAUAAUCGAAGGAAUGAAAAUGGGUUCAUGGAUCGAUAGCAAUAAGCCCCAAUGGCUAAACGUAUUUACUAGUAAUCCUCAUUAUUCUAGCAAUUCCAAUAACAGUUUCAAUAAUGACAAUCAAGACGUCAAUAAUUCUAAAUACUUGUUGAUGUGUUUUUUCUUGGACUCAAUCGACAAUAUUAUGGUAGAUUUAGAGAUUAAAAGUAAGAUAAUACUCACAGUCAACCAAAUAAAAAAGAGUAAUAAUCUUUAUAAUUCACAUAUUGGUUUUUUUUUAGUUACCAAUUUAAUUUUAAUUGAACAAAUUAUUAAAAGAAGUGAAAUUGAAAAAAUAUUUGAGUUUAAUAAAUUAAGUUUUGAAAGAAUUGAAAAAUUGAAAAAGAGAGCAUUGAAUUUCUUUUUAAUCAGUUGGAAAAAUUUAGCUUCAAGUUUAAUGGAUGUCACUGUCAAUACAAGCUCAACAUCAUCAAGUGGAUUAGGAUUAAGUGGAUUGACCGGCAGCAAGAUUAAUAGUAAAGAAAAGGAAAUUAUCAAAGAAAAAUUCCGUAAUUUUAAUAGUGAAAUUGAAGAAAAUAUCAAAAUUUUCAAAAGUUAUAAUAUCACAGAUCAAAGUUUGAAAAAAUAUUUGGUUCAAGAAAUCAGUUUCAUUAUCCCCUUAUACAAUAGAUUUCACGAUAAACACUCUGGAGGGGAUUUCACAAAACAUACAAGCAAGUAUAUCAAGUACGAUAAGAGUAAAUUAUCUGGUAUGUUAAUGUCAUUAGCUAAAUGA